CAAUCAGUGUUCGAUAUGUGGCACGAGCAGACGGAAGUCGAAGCGCUCGACGAGAUCUAUAAGCUGACGGCGGGAGCAGCAGGGCAGCGAAACUGGCGCAAACUGCUUACAUUGGGCGACACACUGGACAAGCAGCUGAAACGCAAAUUGCUCUGGAUUUGGCCCACAGCGCUGGACUUGAGGAAAUGCAACGAAAUGCUGCUGGAGUUUGGGAUACAUCAGGUGUUGAGCAUUGGUUGCGGCAGUGGACUGCUCGAGUGGCUACUGGCAGCAGCUGGUGAGCAGAAAUUACACAUCUAUGGCCUGGAAAGGGAUCCCAGCUGGUGGCGUAGCAAUUAUGCCAUGCGCAGUUUUAUUCCCCUCAACUAUGUGGAGGACGCCAACUCCCAAUUGGAUGCACAAUUCCUUAGCAGCUGCUGCUCUCAAUCGCCGCCAGGUGCCCUGCUCUUCUGCUACUUCAAUAAUCGUGGCGCCUUUGAGGAAUACCUGAGCGCAUUUAGGGGCAAGUGGCUGAUAUUGAUAGGUCCAGAACCCAGUUUGGGCAUCCACACCGAUCCCAAUCCGUUGGAACCGCAGCUCUCCACUGAAAAAUGGGCGUUACGCAAGCUUAUCAACUGGACCGAGCACAAUCUGGUAGCAUUCUAUGAGAGAUUAACAUAAGCUAGCCAAUUAGAUAUAUACUUUUAAUUGUUAUAAUUAGAAUAUGAAUACAAAUAUGC